UUAUAUAUUGCACUGAUCUGCAUUCUGCCAAGAGUGUCCCGCGCGUUAGCUUGAUAUAAUAGCGUGCGUUAGCGGAUGGCGGAUGCAGAAGCGGUUGAGGACGAGUUGAAGGCUCUAGCGUCGAUCUACGACGAGUGUACGUUUUCAGGAGGUGAAGGCGAUGCAGGAGGGCGUCUGUCCAUCUCUCUUAGCAUUGAAUCUCCUUUACAAGUUGAAGCUGCUGCAGAUUUGCUAAUGAAGAAAGACAACCUCUCUACGUUUACAUCUCGCAUGUUCUACCACUUGCCACCUCUUAUGCUUCAUUUCCAUCUUCCUGAUAAAUAUCCGUCGUUACAGCCACCGCAGUAUAGUCUCUCUUGCAAAUGGCUUUCGAAACGGCAGUUGUCCGUUUUGUGCAACAUCCUUGAUACAAUGUAUCAACCUGGUGAAGUUGUAAUAUUCGAUUGGAUGCAGUUCUUGACUAAUGAGGCUGCAGAGGUCCUUGACAUUAGGUCACCAUUCCAGUUGGGGGCUGUUGACAUGAGCAACGAUGAGUCUUCACAUCCAAGUGCUGUUCAAGAUGUUGCCUCUUCGUCUCAUCUCUGGCCUCUUCUUAUUGAGUUUGAUGUGUCUGAAAGAAAGCGCGUGUUUGAUUCUUCUCAGCAGAUGUGUCAAGUCUGCUUGGAAUCCAAGCCAGGAUCCAAUUGUGUUCGACUGUCUCCCUGUGAUCAUGUCUUUUGUCGUCAGUGCAUGAAGGAAUACUUUGAGAUACAAAUAUCUGAUGGAUCCGUUUCAUCUUUGAGAUGUCCUGAUCCUUCCUGUGAUAGUCAUGCGCACCCAGAACUUGUGAGAGAACUGGUGAAACCAGAGUUAUUUGUUCGUUAUGAUAAACUUCUCUUGCAACGUGGUCUUGAAGGAAUGGAAGAUAUUGUGUAUUGUCCUCGGCAAGUCUGUCAAUGUGCUGUACUAAAAGAUAAUGACACUUCCAUGGCUGUGUGUACAAGGUGCCAGUUGGCUUUCUGUGUUCUCUGUAAACGAGCUUGGCAUGGAGUUGCUGCAUGUGAAUUCAAGUUGGAAGAACUAAAGCAACUAAGAGAUGAGUAUGAGAGAGGGAGCAAAGCAAAGCAAGCAUUUCUAGAGAAGAAAUAUGGAAAGAAAGCUAUUAAGACGGCCGUGGAAGAGCUAGGGUCACAAGAGUGGAUAGAAGAGAAUGCAAAGAAAUGUCCAUCUUGUAGAUCAGCUAUACAGAAGAUUGAUGGAUGCAAUAAAAUGACAUGCAACAAGUGUCAUUGUUACUUCUGUUGGUUGUGUAUGGCAGUUUUGAGCCGCAAUAAUCCAUAUGGACACUUUAACUCACCAGGAUCGAAAUGUUAUAACCUGCUGUUUCAAGGGAUUGAUCUGGAUGAUGACGAUGAUAUCUUGUUUAGAUGAAAACAAUAAGGAUGGUUUGGACAGUAU